AUGGCUUCAAUUGUGCGCCCUGCUCUUCUCCGGCAAACAGCCACGGCGGUCCGCAUGGCCCAGGCCACCCCGAUCCGUUCCGCCUUCGUCAAGAACUCGUCAAGAGUCGCCGCCUUCCACACAACCGCCAAGAGGGAUCUGUUGCCCGUCGGUCCUCAGGUCAUUCAGGGUGGAGUGAACGACCCUGCCCCCGUCCCUCCCCCGAGUCCCGCCCAUGGCUCCUACCACUGGAGCUUCGACCGCAUUCUCGCUGCCGGCCUCGUCCCCAUCACCAUCGCCCCCUUCGCCGCCGGCUCCCUGAACCCGACAACCGACGCCGUCCUCUGCGCCAUGAUCCUCAUCCACUCCCACACCGGCUUCCAGAACAUCAUCAUCGAUUACGUCCCCACCAAGCACUACCCCAAGUCGCGCAAGGCGACCAUGUGGGGUCUCAACGUCGUCACCGCACUGGUUGGCCUCGGCCUGUACGAGUUCGAGACCAGCGACGUCGGUGUUACUGAGGCUGUCGCGCGUCUGUGGAAGGCUUAA